ACUAUGGUAUUGUAUUAGCUAUUAGGGGGGAGGCACGUGAUGAGGUGGGGCGAGCAGAAUCGAUCCUUUGCUUGUAGGAGGAGAGUGAGUGGGGCCCUUACUCGUUUUUGGGCCCGCAAGUGGAGUGCUCUUUCGGUAUGCCCUUCCCUCCCUUCUUUAUCGAAAAACCCACAAAAAAUUAUUAUUCUCUCUUCGCCUACUGUGGGUCGGUCACGUCAAACACGAGUCUGUGUUUUUGGUAUGACGCCUGCGCCGAUAUUUCUGACGUACUCUAACUAAUGAUCCUACGGCUCAGGUUGUCCCAACGGGACGACAGCCUCCCUUGAUUUUCUAGUUGAGUAUAAGUCAAGGAGCCAACAAGUGGGCCCUCUGUCCAUAGAUUGGACAGCAUUGUGGGGCCAUCAAAUAUAUUGUUUUAACUCACCGACGACUAGUAAUAGAAUGGACCGUAUCUACACAGCAUCAGCUCUCUCUGGCUGUACUCUACACUCGUGCCUUUUUCUUCCUUCUUAUUCACAGCCUCCCCCCUUCCCCUUAGCUGACAAACCAUUCCAUUUCUGAUUUCCCUCGCUCACUCUCUCUUCUCUCUUCCUCUAUCCUCGUGCUCUCUCCCCCUUUCUCUAUAGUGCUUAGUGGCAUAUUUAUUAGAACUGAAUGAAGUGUUAUUGAGCAGAGAUUAAUUGUUUUCUUUGCAUAUUUGGUAUUCUGUCUUUGUUUAAUGGGUCUUACUUCUCUCCAAGUUUGCAUGGAUUCAUCUGACUGGCUUCAGGGAACGAUUCACGAGGAGUCUGGAAUGGAUUCUUCAUCCCCAUCUGGGGAUAUGCUCACAUGCUCAAGGCCCUUGAUAGAAAGGAGGCUAAAGCCCCAGCAUGACCAAGCUCUGAAGUGCCCCAGAUGUGACUCAACGCACACCAAAUUUUGCUACUACAACAAUUACAGCCUCUCCCAGCCGAGGUACUUUUGCAAAACUUGUAGACGGUAUUGGACCAAGGGAGGGACGCUAAGGAACAUUCCCGUUGGAGGAGGCUGUAGAAAGAACAAGAAAGCUGCUACUAAAAAAUCAAAUGAACAAUCAGCGAACAACAUCCCUGGAGCAUCUUCUCAUAAUCCCACUGAUCUUCACCUUUCAUUUCCUGAAAUGCACCUUGCUCACCUUAAUACCAUACUUGGUACUCAUGGUACCAAUACUAACUUCAUGGAGAGUAAAUACAAUUCUCUGCUUGAAAAUCCAAUGCCGAUUGAUUUCAUGGAGAGCAAGCUUGAAGCUAUAGCUGGGAGCUCUAGGAACUAUGAUUUUUGGGACAUUGGUGAGUUGGUACGUGCGGAGUUGGGAUAUGGUCAUGGGCUCGCACAAAAUCUCCAUGGCUUUUGCUCUCCAUAUGGGAUGUCCCUUGAUGGCAAUGGUGGUACUUUCAUGGACACCUGCCAGAGGAUAAUGCUUCCUUAUGAUGCAAAUGAAGAUCAACAUGCAAUGGAUGUGAAGCCAAACACCAAACUCUUGUCCCUUGAAUGGCAAGACCAAGGGUGUUCUGACGCUGGGAAAGACACUUAUGGAUACAUGAACAACUUGGGAUCCUGGACUGGAAUGAUGAACAAUUAUGGACCUUCCACGACAAAUCCAUUAGUCUGAAGCAAUCUGUAAUAAACUACCAUUUAGAAUCCUGGUCGCAGCCUGGCAUGUGGUUUAAAAUGACUGUGGUUAUGAUCUGCAUUUUAGUGUCUAGAUUAUCCAGCUUCAAGUAAAUGCCUUUGGUAGAAAGAAAGGUCCUUAAAUUAAUUUCUACUAUAUAUCUGGUUUUUUUUGUUAGGGUGGCCUUCAAUCUCUAUUGACUUAAGAUAACAAGGGGAAACUGUGUGGUGAAUGAAAAACUUUAAGGAGUUCCCAAAAAUGGCCACCUUAGUGCAUUAAUGUUUGUUUGAUUUUUUUUUUUUUUUUUUCUUUCUUUUCUUUCUGAUUGGGUGUCUUGGGCAAAAGGCAUUCAAAUCUCUAGGAUUUUGUUGUCACACCGAGGAAGGUAAUAGAGUGCUUUUGCCAGUUUCUUUUAAUUA